AUGGCGUCUCUCAACCUAUCUUCGGAUGAGAUCAAGGUGCUGGAGUCGUACAUCGAUCCAAGCCUCGACGAACAUCAUCCUCACGAACCUCUCUACGGUGACGAUCACGAUGGGCAAAAACACAUCUCUGUUGGAACGGAUCGCAGUGCACCCGUCGACCAACUUCCCGGGGCGGCAGCACGAGGCGAUACUCUUGCAGCUGCUGCGCAAGAAGCCGGAGCCGGCGGUGGAGACGCUUCUAGACGAGGGGCGGCAGCUGUCGCAGAGCUUAGGGGCGACGGGGGCGCGAGCAAGGCGGCGGCGUGGACGGCGCAGAGGGCGCUGUGGCGGUGGGCGCAGGAAUACUGCGAUGGGAGGAUCGCGCAUUACGCGCAAGAGGAGACGCUGCAGGUGUACACGGCGGAGGAGAGGGCGUCGGGGGUGGAGAAUGUGAGGACGGGCUUGAGGGCGAGCCUGGAGGAUGACGAGGACGACGAGGACGAGGACGGAGAUGACGAUGAGGAGGACGACGAGGAUGACGAUAAUGAUGGCCGGAGGGGUGGAGAGGGAGGGGAAAAGGACGCCAAGACCCGGGCGGCGGACGCCAAGGAGGCGGCGAGGGUCGCGAGGGAGAAGGAGGAGGCCAAGGCGAGGAGGGCGGCGGGGAUGAAGCUGGCGCGGAAUAUGGUGGUGGGCAGGUUCGAGACGCCGCCGAACGCGGAUUGGGAGGCGAAGAGGAAGAUGAUCGGGGCGGGGAUAGGGAUGGCGAGGGCCCCGGGGAGGUGA